AUGUCCCGCUUCAGAGCAGAAACCGUCCCUCCCAAACGUCACGACGACGACAACGACUUCAAUGACGACGACCGUGGCAACAACGUCGACGACCGUGACGACAACGACGACAAUGACAAUGACGAACAGCACUAUCUCUUCAUCUCCACAGACGAACGACACGCCAAACGCUCCUGGUACACCAUUCACUUUUACGACAGAUCCUGUGACAAGGCAGCCCAAAAGUAG